AGCCGCCAUUUUAGAAAUGGCGGCUCCGCUGGGAGGCAUGUUUUCCGGGCAGCCACCCGGACCCCCGCCACCCCCGCCGGGGCUCUUGGCCCAGGCUUCGCUUCUUCAGGCCACACCAGGCGUUCCGAGAACUUCUAACAGUACCUUGGUGGACGAGUUGGAGUCAUCGUUCGAGGCUUGUUUUGCUUCUCUGGUGAGUCAGGAUUAUGUCAAUGGUACAGAUCAGGAAGAAAUUCGAACUGGUGUUGAUCAGUGUAUCCAGAAAUUUCUAGAUAUUGCGAGACAGACAGAAUGUUUUUUCCUACAAAAAAGAUUGCAGUUGUCUGUCCAGAAACCAGAGCAAGUUAUCAAAGAGGAUGUCUCGGAACUGAGGAACGAAUUACAGCGAAAGGAUGCUCUGGUCCAGAAGCACUUAACAAAACUGAGACAUUGGCAGCAGGUGCUGGAGGACAUCAACAUGCAGCACAAAAAGCCAGCCGACAUCCCUCAGGGUUCCCUGGCCUACCUCGAGCAGGCGUCUGCAAAUAUCCCUGCGCCGAUGAAGCAGAGCUGAGGAAAAGCCACCUGAACGUGAGCUGGUGGCUGAGUCAGCCCAGACACAGUUCUGUCAAACAUCACUUCUUGUAGACAUGACAUUUGGGGAGAACUCUUUGCCAGAGAGUGAGAUGAUUUUAGUUUUGUGCUCUCAUCUAAAAAAUUCCCCCUAUUUUUAUAAGCGUUAUUUCUGGAGUACUUUAUAAAAUGCUUAUUGCUUUGGUAAACCAAGUAUAUUGUCUUUAGCAAAAUUUAAGACUGUUAAUAUGGUGCCGUUUACAGAUUCCUUUUUAUGUUUUUGUUUUUUGCUGCUUGUUUUUAUUAUUUUUAUUUUUGUAUGAGUGUUUAUCUCUGUUUCCAGUUUUAGAUUAUUUUGUAUGAUCUGAGGGGAAAAGCUUGUAUGAUCUGAUCUGCAUAUCAAAGGAUGAGGAUUUUGGUUGUAGGCCUUUUAUGAUAAUUUACCCAUCGGUGGCAGUAUAUAAAAAUAUUAAAUUUGCUGUUUUUCGAGACUGAACUACCUAAGGAAGAGGAGUCUAAUGCAACGAUGUAACACUUCCAGAACCUCAGAAUGAGGAUAUUUUGUAAAUAGGUUGGAAGAGGAUUAUAAUAUCGUAGGUUAGUGUAGUAACUGUUACUGCAGUAACAUAGUGCUAUAGGAAUCCAGCAGUAUCCUUAAGUUAAUGUUGACUUUUAUUUGGGGUAAGUUUAUAUUUUGUGUAGUGUUCAUUUACUUUUGGGGGAGGGUAGGAGCAGUGAUAUGCUAGUGAUUUUCAUUUCUGCAAUAAUCAGUUUAAGUAACAGAACGGACCCUGCUCUCAAUAGGGGCAUAGGUGAAGUGUGAGGGUUAAAGAUUGCUGUGAUUAUCUCUGAGUUUUGAGUUUUGUUUGUUUGUUCUGCUAUUUGGAGCAGAUUUUUCCAUUAAUGAAUUUCUUGCUAAUGGGUGGUGUUGAUUCCAAGGGACUGGGGCCUUGAGGUGGGAGGUUGGCUGCAGGGUGCAUGGGAGACUCAGUGUUUGGGAAGAUACUUUACCCUCUGUCGGUCACACAGGCCACCUCAGCUUCUCUGUUGAACCGCUGUUGAGAAGUACAAACCGGCAUCGUGCCUGGUCUGCUGUUGAGUAAUACAGACCGGCAUUGUGCCUGGUCUCCUUGGAGGAGGCUUUCCUCUCUCUGUUGUUCACAUUCCCCCAUUAGAUUACAGCCCUUCUCCCUCACCCAGUGCUGCACUGUCUCUUGAGCAGGCAGCAAUUCUGUGACUCGGUGUCUUGGCUCGCUUUCCCUCCAGUCUUGAAGGCCCCGCCCCACCUACCUUGACAUCCACUCAAGUUCCCGUCUGGCCUGGAUGGCACCUGGUCUCUGCAGCCUCCAAAGGCCCUCUCCGUCGUAUCCACAGGACACAGGACUUCUUGUCUCUUCUGCCAGCCUUGCUUGGUUCUCCCUCUGCGGUUAGUGAUCUGUCUCUUUGUUCCUCAUGAGAAGUAGGCAUUAUUCUCCUCUGAAUAUACAGGGACCACUUAUUAUCUUUUAUACAUAAUAACUUAGUACUUAUUUUUGUUUGUGUGCGUUUGUGUAUGGUACACAGCCGGAGGCCAAUGAAUUUCCUCAUUCGGAGUAUAUAGUUAAACAAAGCUUUUAAAAGUUGUUUUCAAUCACAUUAUCUGAUUUCAAGGUUGUUAACCUGGUCAUCUCGUGCCAAUUAGAAGCUCUGACUGGCAGCUGUAGAUUUCUUAAUUAAAAACCUAACUAAAUUGAUUACAUUUUAGGCAUUCUUUCAGUAAUGAAGAGGUGCUUAGUGAAAAGUUCAGGAACUAUUCUAUUUGGUGUUUAGUAAAAAUAUUUUGAAUUAAUGUGUGUACCAGUUACUGUCGUUUCUUUACUAAAUUCAAAAGUUUUCUGGCACAUGAACAUUUCACUUUUUUCUGUUUGUAAAUAUCUUUUUCCUUUUUAGUGACAUCUUGCUGGUUGACAAACAGAAAAUCCUCUGGGAUGCACUCUCCCUCAAGGAGAAAGUAAUGAGCCAUCAGCUGGACUUUCCCUCACCUUCUCUCUGGGGAUGACAGACCAACCCACAUCUUCAGGGCAUCUUUAUUCCCUUCGUGGUCCAUCUGCUGAAGCGCUUACCCUGUAUAAGAUGAACCUUUCCACAAAUGAUCUGGGUCCAGGCCAGUUGCCUUCUCUAGGGUUUAACCCCUUGGGGACUCUCUGCCCCCUGCAGCUCACAGAAUUCUUGGUCUUCCCUGCUGCGAUGCGAUGCCUGAGCGCUGCCCCAUUUCCCGGCCCCUCGUUCAGUCUCCGGCUCCCCCACGCUCCCCGCCCCCAGGCUGUGACGUGUGGCUCCCAGCUCCAGCUGUGCCUGUGACGGCCCCCAGCUGCUUCACUGUGCCGCUCGUCAUCUGCUUUAUUUGAACUCAGUCUCUUACUCUCUUGAACACAUCUCCCCUUCUUUUCUCUUUCCUCUUCUCCCCAGCCUCUAAAUGUUGACGUUCCUGAGGGUUUGGUCCUGGGCCACUGGAGGCCACGAAGGAGCCCUGCUCAGUUAUCUCAAAGGCCAUGCUCUUUCCUGGGUGUGACCAAGCACAGUGGGGACACUGGAUCUGUGUCAUUUCUGCCCAACACAGACCCCUCUAAUGAGCAGUCCCUGCUCUGGAGCUCUUCAGCCUGGCCGAGGCUUUUUCUCCAAACUCUGCUGUUGUCUAAGCCUCUUCCCCAAAUCUUCCUUGGCUGUCUAUACGGGUGUCAACUCUCCGUCAAAAUCUGAAGGCUCUUCCCGCCUCCUGCUUCUUCCCCUUUAUUCAACACAGGUGUUUCCCCUGAGAAGGGCGGAAACCUGCCCCUGACAAGGGAUGCCGACCCAGCACUGCUUGGCCAUGUUAUUCUCCUAUGGGACAGAAGCAGUCUCAGGAUACCAGCCUCCUAGACAAAGCUGCUCUGAGACCAUGAUAAAGCAAGACAAACCAAAACCACUUCACAGCUUUGUCUAAGCACAGGGAAAAAAAACAAGGUCACACUGUGCCACCCCCCCAAAUACCAAAUAUUCUCCUGGCUAAAAAAUAAGUGACUGCUUUUUCUUUUUUUUUUUUUUUAAACCAUUUACAGCUUUAUCUCUGGUCUGCCCUUCUUAUAGAUAAGAUUUAUUAAGACACCCAGUCAUAGAGUUGCCCCUGCCUUCUGACAGCAUCCAAUCUAGAAUGAAUCCCUGCUUCUUUAGACCCUCCUGGAAAUCACCCAACCAAUGCCAAAAUCUUAUGAUAGGUUCUUUCUAAUACCCUCUUUCUGAGAAGCCCCACCAUUCUCCAUGAUGGACAUUCUCCCUGUGUCCAACAAGUAGUAAAGCCAACUCAUUCAACUAUAGGUGGGUUUCUCAUGGUCUGUUCCUCCACCUGUGUCGGGGUAUGCCUCCUGGAGGGCCCGACUGACACGCUGCCACGGACGCGGCCUGAGAGCAGGCAGGAGGGUGGGGUUGGGGACUGGCUCGCUUACUGUCCAACUGGCAAGGAAGACGCAUCCUGAGGGUAUGUGAGGUACAGUCACUGGCUCAAGAGGGUGGCCCAGUUAUUGAAGAUACCACCAGUGGUGCCCUGGGCAAGUGUCCCAGUGGAAGGGAACUUUGUCAGUGCACGGAUUCGAACAUUUGGAAGCUAAGGGGGACUACUGCAUAUAAGAAUGGUGGAGUUGGCAGGUUAUCACUACACUGUUUCGACUCUCAGCAAAGGGACAAUGACAAAAUAACUGUUUAAUGCUCAGUGGCAACUGUGAGUGCCCAGGGCAUCUUUGGUUACCUCCUGCAGGGGGAGGACAGACAGAUGAGGAGCUAGUAGGAGGUAGCAGAUCAAAACCAAUAUUGCAUCUUGGGGGUAAUGGUGGAAAUUAGUGCUAUCCUGAGAAAUCUAAAGGAUGCUAGGAAGCUGGUCCCUAUCAUAACUCCAUUUACUUUCCCAGCUUUGCCCUUGCAGAAUCCAGAUAGAGGCUGGAGAAUGAGUAUAUACCGAGUAGCCUCAGUUGGAACUGCUAUGUUGGAUGUUGCUCUGAUGCAGAGCAGUAGUGAGGACUCAGGUAUGUGGUGUGCAGCCGCUGAUUGGGUGAAUUCAUUCUUUUCUCCCCAAAUUAAGAAACAGUUCGCCACAAUGUUCCUUUCCAGUUUUGCUCCAGGAAUAUGUUAAUUCCUCUUCUCUGUCAUAAUAAAUAUGCCUAAAGAGAUUUAUCGUCAAA